AUGCUAUCCCCCCACCCCACCUCCUCUAUCUUCCCCCCCAUCUCCAAAUCCUUCAAUUUCGACCUCCCCAUCUCCGACCCAGAAUCCCAUCUCUUCAAAUCUUCCGAAACUGACUCCAUCGUUGCUGGGUUUGUGCUCUUUUUCCCAAACUACUCAACAUUCCUGGCCAAACCAGGGUUCUAUAUCGAAGACCUGUUCGUGAGGGAGUGUUAUAGGAGCAAAGGGUUCGGGAAGAUGUUGGUGGCGGCGGUGGCGGCGCAGGCGGCGAAGAUGGGGUAUGGGAGGGUGGAGUGGGUUGUGCUUGAUUGGAAUGUGAAGGCCAUCAAGUUUUAUGAAGAAAUGGGGGCUCAGAUUAUGAAGGAUUGGAAGAUUUGUAGGUUGUCUGGUCAUGCUCUUCAGGCUUAUUAUGCUAAUGCUGCCUAAUAAUAUAGAGGAAUGUUAGAGAUCUCAAAUAUUCUACUAAAAGUUUUAUCAAAUGUCUGAGAUCCGCAUAACGUGGAUCCUAUGUGGGCUCACACCCAUCCAUGUGAGACAUUUCAUAAAAUUUUUGGUAAAAUUUUUGGGGCGUCUAGCAUUUUUGAAUAAUAUAAUAACACACUGUGAUCUGUUUUUGUUUUUGUUUUUGGUUUUCCUUUCUUUUUUUUUUUUCCAAAUUUAAGUAGAAUAUGGGAAAUUAUGGUACCUUUGAUCAAGUAGGUGAAACAAAAAAAGUGUUCCUUAUCUACGUGAGAGAAGAGAAUUGUAGUUUGUGGUUGGAGAAAUAAUAUAUAUAUAUAUAUAAGUGUGUGUUUUUUUUU